AUGAACGCCGAUCGGCAGAAGAAAAAGAGGCAGACCCAGGAAAAACUGGAUCGAGAGGAUACAGAGAAUGGAGAUCGAGAAGAUAUCAAAGCAAGCUUUACUUUGGUCACCCACUGGCAGAAAAAGAAUAGGAAGAGGAAGGUCCAGGAAAAGUUUGGUCGGGAGGAUACAGAGAAUGCGGAUCGAGAAGACAUUAAAGCAUGUUCUACUGUGGACACCAACUGGCAAAAUAAGAAAAGCAAGACCCAGCAAAAACUGGAUCGAGAGGAUACAAAGAAUGGAGAUCGAGUAGAUAUGAAAGCAAGCUUUACUGUGGUCACCCACUGGCAGAAAAGGAAGAGGAAGGUCCAGGAAAAGCUGAAUCGGGAGGAUACAGAGAAUGGAGAUCGAGAAGAUAUCAUAGUUAGCUUUACUGUGGUCACCCACUGGCAGAAAAAAAAGAGAAAGGUUCAGGAAAAGCUGGAUCGGGAGGAUGCAGAGAAUGUGAAUCGAGAAGAUAUUAACGCAAGUUCUACUAUGGACACCUACUGGCAAAAUAAUAAGAAGAACGCCCAGGAAAAACUGGAUCGAGGGAAUUAA